UCCCUUUCCUUUCCCUCCUUUAUAAGGAGCAGUUCCCCAGCACCAAGCUAGUACUAGUAAUUAACCACCCACCCUCCCUAAUCACCACCAUCCGCAACACGAAAGAUGAAGAAGGCCUCGUCGCUCUCGGAGCUGGGCUUCGACGCCGGCGACGCGUCCUCGGGCUUCUUCCGCCCCGUCGCCGACGGCGGCGCCACGCCCACGGCGCACCGCCGCAGGCUCACCAAGGUCUCCGUCAUCGGCGCCGGCAACGUGGGCAUGGCCAUCGCGCAGACCAUCCUCACGCGCGACCUCGCCGACGAGAUCGCGCUGGUGGACGCGCUCCCGGACAAGCUCCGCGGCGAGAUGCUGGACCUGCAGCACGCGGCGGCGUUCCUGCCCCGCACGCGCCUCGUCUCCGACACGGAUCUGGCCGUCACCAGGGGCUCCGACCUCGCCAUCGUCACCGCCGGCGCGCGCCAGAUCCCCGGGGAGUCGCGGCUCAACCUGCUGCAGCGGAACGUGGCGCUCUUCAGGAAGAUCGUGCCGGCGCUGGCGGAGCACUCCCCGGAGGCGCUGCUGCUCAUCGUCUCCAACCCCGUCGACGUGCUCACCUACGUGGCGUGGAAGCUGUCGGGGUUCCCGGCAAGCCGCGUCAUCGGAUCCGGCACCAACCUCGACUCGUCCAGGUUCAGGUUCCUCCUCGCCGAGCACCUCGACGUCAACGCGCAGGACGUGCAGGCGUACAUGGUGGGCGAGCACGGCGACAGCUCGGUAGCGGUGUGGUCGAGCGUGAGCGUGGCGGGGAUGCCGGUGCUCAAGUCGCUGCAGGCGAGCCACCGCUGCUUCGACGAGGAGGCGCUGGAGAGCAUCCGCCGCUCCGUCGUGGACAGCGCCUACGAGGUGAUCAGCCUCAAGGGCUACACCUCCUGGGCCAUCGGCUACUCGGUGGCCAGCCUCGCCGCUUCGCUCCUCCGGGACCAGCGCCGCAUCCACCCGGUGUCCGUCCUGGCGAGGGGAUUCCACGGCAUUCCGGCCGAGAACGACGUCUUCCUCAGCCUGCCCGCCAGGCUCGGUCGCGGCGGCGUGCUCGGCGUCGCGGAGAUGGAGCUCACCGAGGAGGAGGCCAGGAGGCUCCGCCGCUCCGCCAAGACGCUCUGGGAGAACUGCCAGCAGCUCGGCCUAUAAUGCAUUCGUUCCCAUCAAUAUGUUUUGAUUGCGCUAAUGUUGGCUGGUCUUCGAUAUAAAACUUUGCAUGCUCUCUCAUGCACCAUUGUUAGAGUUUCUUGCUCUUGGAUUGAAUUGAAUUAUACAAUGCCUGAAACCAUCCAUGUGUAAUGUGUUAUUCCCCCCCUCAUGCUUAUCCUUGCUUAUUGUUUA